GUUUUCCGGACGUGGGACGCGUGGCACGUACGAGGGCUUCCAAAAGGUGACGUUCCCAACGGGGGAGCCGUAUGGGCUGUGGAUGCGCACGUAUCAUAACCAGGAGGCACAAGCUCUGGUAAAUGCUCUCGUACACAUAGAGGACUUCUGUUCCAAGAACACGAACGAGGGGGUUCUGGCCUCGUACGUACACGAGCCCGCUCGCCGCGCCUUCAUCAUCGAAAAGGCAGUCGAGUACGUCGAUUCUGGCUUGGAAAUCCAGAUGCCGGGUCUAGGGCUGUAG